UACUUGCCAUGGUAAUCUCCGCAGCAAAACAGCGUUGUGUCCUGAGGACAAAAGCCGUACUAUGAAAACAAGGUACAGGAUUCCACCCUCCCAGCCUCUCCGUUCUGUUCUAUAGCCAACCUUGGCCCAGAGGAAAAAGAAAAUGGGCUUUCGGCACAGACAGAUUGAAUCCCCAGCAGUGGCAAAUAGCGCUGAAAUUGGGAAAUAAACCUCUUGGAACCAUACUUCCUUUUCCACCAACCAAGGCCAACAACUGCCAUCUUAGGGCUCUUGAGAGGAUCAGAUGGGAUAAACCAGUGAAAUGAACUGGACAACAUCUGGCGUACGACAGAACCUCCAAUUACUCCUGAACGUCCACGGUACAUAGGAAACACUAGCCGGGCAUCAUGAGUGGCUGUCGGGUGUUCAUCGGGAGACUAAAUCCAGCAGCGAGGGAGAAAGAUGUGGAAAGAUUCUUCAAGGGUUAUGGACGGAUCAGAGAUAUUGAUCUGAAAAGAGGUUUCGGGUUUGUGGAAUUUGAGGACCCAAGGGAUGCAGAUGAUGCUGUGUAUGAACUUGAUGGAAAAGAACUUUGCAGUGAAAGGGUUACUAUUGAACAUGCUCGGGCUCGGUCUCGAGGCGGGCGAGGAAGAGGACGAUACUCCGACCGCUUUAGUAGUCGCAGACCACGAAAUGAUAGACGAAAUGCUCCACCUGUAAGGACAGAAAAUCGCCUUAUAGUUGAGAAUUUAUCCUCAAGAGUCAGCUGGCAGGACCUCAAAGAUUUCAUGAGACAAGCUGGGGAAGUAACCUUUGCGGAUGCACAUCGACCUAAACUAAAUGAAGGGGUAGUUGAGUUUGCCUCUUAUGGUGACUUAAAGAAUGCUAUUGAAAAGCUUUCUGGAAAGGAAAUAAACGGGAGAAAAAUCAAAUUAAUUGAAGGCAGCAAACGUCACAGCAGGUCAAGAAGUAGGUCACGAUCUCGGACCAGGAGUUCCUCUAGGUCCCGCAGCCGAUCUCGUUCCCGUAGGAGCAAGUCUUAUAGUCGCUCAAGGAGCAGGAGCCGGAGUCGGAGCAAGUCCCGUUCUGGUAGUAGGUCUCCUGCGCCUGAGAAGAGCCAGAAACGUGGUUCUUCAAGUAGAUCUAAGUCUCCAGCAUCUGUGGAUCGCCAGAGAUCCCGGUCCAGGUCCAGGUCCAGAUCAGUUGACAGUGGCAAUUAAACUGUAAAUAACCUGCCCUGGGGACCUUUUUUAAAAAACAAAACAAAUUCCCAAACCAUACUUGCUAAAAAUUCUGGUAAGUAUGUGCUUUUCUGUGGGGAGGGAUUUGGAGGGGGUUGGGCUGGAUUUCUUUGUAGAUGUGGACCACCGAGGGGUUGUUGAAAACUAAUUGUAUUAAAUGUCUUUUGAUAAGCCUUCUGCUCACACUUUUGUGACUGUCUGAAGUAUAUAGUUUGUGUAUAUUGACAGAGCUCUUUUAUAACUAAAGCAUUUAAUUUUUUGUACUAGAAAAACUUUUGAACAUUUUAGUUCAUUGUUCAGAUAUGUUAACUCAAGAUUAGUUUAAUUACUCAAUUAAACUAAUAGCUUUGAACACUUAAAAGAGCUCUAAAUUUGCGUGUAUAUAAAGGCUUAAUAUGAGUUUUCUUUGUUAGAGGGUCGUGGGUGUCUUCUCACCCGUUAACAGCUGUAGGACAGACAUUAAAGCAGCUGUUUGUUAUUGAUAAUAAAAUAUAUUAAGUAUUAUACAA